AUGCUCCGCCUCGCACGAAUACAUGCCAGACAGCUUCACCCAGCACUGACGAGAGCAUCCCAUGUUGGGUCAUCGCCGAUCCCCAUCCCACCGGACCUGUCACUUUCACUCACCGGCGACUCGGCCGUGGAGAUCUCUGGGCCGAGAGGACAGACGUCCGUGCCUCUGCCGGCGUUUGUAAGGCUAUCUUUAUCGCCUUAUGUUCCCUCCACAAAUGCGUCUGGAACACCGUAUCGGACCUCCUCCUCGGGGCUGUCGACGCCGAACCCCCCUCCGAGCGCUCUCCCUACCCAGGUCCUUGAAAUAAGUGUUCAGAAUCCAGAGGAAAAGGAGCAGCGAGCUGUAUGGGGGUUGACGAGAGCACUAGUUUCCAAUGCUGUAACAGGCAUUUCCAGGGGGUUCACGGUCGAGCUCAAUUUGGUCGGUGUCGGUUAUCGUGUUGCCCUUGAGAAGGAUCCAAUAACUGGGGGCGACAGGCUCGGGUUCAAGCUUGGAUUUGCGCAUUGGAUAUAUGUCCCUAUUCCCCCUGGAAUUACAGCCCAGGUCCCUCACUCCACGAGGGUCGUUCUUGGCUCGAACGAUAAACACCAGCUGGGGCAGUUCGCAGCCGACAUCCGAGCAUUCAGAAAGCCAGAGCCGUACAAGGGCAAGGGUAUCUUUGUCGGCGGAGAAACAAUCAAACUCAAAGACGUCAAGAAAAAGUAA